CUCUGUGUGUCAGUUGUCAUCACAUCAGUAUUUUGAGUACAAGAGUGGAUGAUAGUAAAAUUAAAUGAACGUUUAGCAUUAUUAUCACAUUACUUUAUUUGAAAUGUUGGGACCAGAAUUCUAAUAUGAUACCGAAAUUUGUGAUUGUUUAUGAAUGAGUGACACCGGUAGCGACACAGAAGCGACCGAGCACACUGCACUCAUGGAUGGCCACAUAGCUGAAGCCCGACCCGAUAGGGAGAUCGCUGAACGGAUUGCUAGGAAACGGAAGACAAAAUCCGAAACACAGCGUAAUUAUGGAAGUGUGGCAGCAUCACAAAGUAGUCGAUCAAGUGCAGUGGGCAGAUCUGGUCAAAACAAUCAUGAGGAUUCAAGCGAACAUCAGGUUGAAGAGCUGGAGCUUAAGUAUGGAGCAAGACAUGUUAUCAAACUUUUUGUUCCUGUGACCUUAUGUAUGAUAGUUGUUGUUGCAACUAUAUCGUCCAUCAGCUUCUAUUCAGUCAAAGAUGUAUAUUUAGCAUAUACACCAUUCCAUGAGGAGACUCCAUAUGCAUUGACCAAAGUAUGGAAUGCUCUUGCCAACUCCAUGAUCUUAUUGAGUGUAAUAGCUUUGAUGACUGUUCUACUUAUUGUUCUAUAUAAGAAGCGAUGUUACAAGGUCAUUCACGGAUGGCUCAUCUUAUCUUCUCUAAUGCUACUCUUCUUGUUCUCAUAUUUGUAUAUAGAAGAAGCACUAAGGGCGUAUAACAUACCUAUGGAUUAUAUUACAUUAGCAUUUGUUAUGUGGAACUUUGGUGUGAUGGGGAUGAUAGUUAUACACUGGAAGGGUCCUCUACGUCUUCAGCAAGCAUAUUUAAUAUUUAUAGCAGCUUUGAUGGCAUUGGUGUUCAUUAAAUAUAUGCCUGAGUGGACUACAUGGGCUGUUCUAGCUGUCAUAUCCGUAUGGGAUUUAAUAGCAGUAUUAACACCAAAAGGACCUCUGCGGAUAUUAGUAGAAACAGCUCAGGAGCGAAACGAGUCUAUAUUCCCAGCACUAAUAUAUUCAUCGACCGUCAUGUACUGCUUGGCGGCGCCGGCCACAGGUGAAGGUGAGACGCCGGCGCGCGAGCUGCGUCCGCUCAACCCGCUCCACCCGUGCGACCACGGAUCGGAAGAAAAUGAUUCGAGUGAGGGGUGCGCGGCUCAAGGCUCGGGAUCGGGCGAGGGGGGCAGUGGCGCCGGCUGCAGCAGUUCGGGGCGAUCAGCGAGCGGCGCAGCGAGCGCGGGCGGCGGCGGGUGCGCGAGCGGAGGGGUGAACGUGGGGGGCGGGGGGAGCGCUGGCGGCGGGGAGGCGGGCUUCGACGCAGCGUGGCACGCACGUGCAAGCGAGCGGGCGGCGCCGCGCCGACUGCGAGUGGACGGCACGGCGCCGGCGCACUACGUCACGCGCGUCGAGCGCACGCACACGCACUGCGACCGUGAGGAGAAGGGCGUUAAACUCGGAUUAGGAGAUUUUAUUUUUUAUAGUGUGUUAGUAGGCAAAGCUAGUUCAUACGGAGACUGGAAUACCACACUCGCCUGUUUUGUAGCAAUACUUAUUGGACUGUGUUUGACAUUGCUGUUGUUAGCGAUUUUCAAGAAAGCGCUUCCAGCUCUACCCAUCUCGAUAACCUUCGGUCUUAUAUUCUACUUCGCCACCCGCUACGUCGCCAAACCCUUCGCAGACGCGCUCGCCGCUGACCAAGUCUUUAUUUAAGAACUAAUACACACUCACUUAUUUUAUUAAAAAACGUCAUAUGCUGUAUUUUUUACCAAAAUUCAUACUGCCUACAGCAGCCGUACUUAACCAAAGCAGUUAAACAACUAAACGCAAGUUUGAAUAACAAACCUUGGCUUUUUAUUGUCAUACCAUAUCAGAGUUAAGUGUUGCCAACGUUGAAGAAUUUUGAUCUUUUUUUUAAAAAAAUAACAAAAUUAAAUUAAAAAUUAAACAAUGAUGUGAUGCGCGAGAAAUAACAUGUUGUUUUAUAUGUAACUCGAGAAACGAAAUGGUUGAGUACGAUUGUUAAGCGGCAGCGGCUUGAAACUGUUCAGCUCGAUUUGAGUUGUAUCACAUUUUAUAAUACUACUAUGCUAUGAAUUUUUACAGCUAAAUAAAAAUUACCACUUCUGCUAAUAUUUAUCAUUUUAUAAUACGAGAUUGUUCUACCAACCCGUAUUGGAGCAGCGUGGUGGAAUAAGCUCCAAACCUUCUCCUCAAAAAAGGAGAGGAGGCCUUAGCCCUGCAGUGGGACAUUAACAGGCUGUUUCUGAAAUACGAGAUUGCAUUUAAGGCUAAAAAAAGACAAUAAUCGAACUGAACAGAUGUUGUAAUAUUUGCCAAUGAUAACAUGAAUAAUAUUUAUUGUCUAAAAUAAAAAUAGGGUUUUCAUAAAUAAAAAUGAAUUAUCAGAAUAAAAAUAUUUGGACUGAAUCAUAAUAGGUUCGUUUUUAGGCUAGUUACGGACUAACUGACAUAGUGUAGAUAUUAAUGUUAGCAUAAUGAAAUUAGCAAAUUGAAUUUGUUAUGCAAUAAUUUAAAAAAUGACACUUAUAUAAUAGGGUAAUGUUUGCUAGUGUGUACAUAGUAAAUAUUGUCUAGAUAAUUACAGCCAUCGUAGAUAGUGUCCUGUGUGAAUUCACUAUGUAAGGUUAAUGUCCACAGGUAAUUUAGUAUGAAAAAAAACAGAAAAUAAUUGUAUUAAAUUAAAUCACAUUAUUCAUAAACAUUUAUUAAAUUAAUUUUUUUACUAAAACAUGUUUUUGUUUCAUUUUUUCAACUUGAGAUUUUUUUGAAAUAACACAAAACAUAUUUUAGUUGAAAUAUAUUAAUUAAUCUAGGAAUUCGUCGAAUCUUUUACCUACAAAGUGGUGUAAUUCAAAAACAUGACAGAUAUUACAGUUAACAUAAUUUGGUAUGUAAUAUACGUUUUGUUAAAUACCACAAGUAAAUGACGAAGUUAAAGAAAAUACAGGAUACGCUAUCAACAACGGUACUUCGACAUUUAUUUGUAAUGUCCGCUCUACGUGUCGUUCACGGCAAGUGUUGAUGGAAUCGUAAGUUCGCGUUUGCACUUCGCCACAUUCCCCAGUGGUUGCGGGUAUAAAGGGCCAUUUACACAGAAAACACGCGCGAAAUAUUGGCGGCCGCGAUUCAUGGGCGCAUGUAGAGUGGUGUGUUUCCAUUGAAAUAGUAAAUGGCAAUUAUUGUGUUCGAAACAUACCAACAAUAACAAAACAUUGUACCAAGUCAAUAUUGCCAACUUAAGAUAAUUAAAUGAACUUUGUCACCAACACUUGUUGACAACACAUAUCUUGCCAGUUUUUCGUUUAGUGGAGAUGCAGCUGUAACUUAAUUUAAAGUUCUACAUUCCAAUAAGUAAUAUAUCAUAACAUUUGCUUUUGAAAUUAAUUUAUGUUACAUUAUCAUGGUAAUUUGUUUAAGAAAUAUAAUUUAACAAUUA